AUGAUUGUGUUGAAUUUAAAACUAUUAUUCAUUCCCUACGGUAUUUCACAGGAGCACUUUUAUACCGCCAGCUUGCUCGUUUCCCUUAGUAGUCAACGGUUAAAUAAUACUCGAAAUGCUCAGCUCGAUGUGAUAUUUUUUAAUCGCGCAGCCAAGGUGGGUAGUGAAGCACUAAUGGAGCUGCUGCUGAGCAUUGCUCAGAAGAAUAAAUUAAAUAUUCUUACCCAAGGACCUCUGAAGGUCCUAACACGGACGCGCACGCUGAAGCAGCAAAUGAAACAGGCAUUAUGGGUGUCAAGGCUAUCGCCCGGCACUGUUUACAUCGAGCACUGCAAUUGGCUAAACUUCACUAACUUCAAGCUGCCACUUCCUAUUUACGUGAAUUUGGUUCGAGAUCCUGUAGAGCGCGUCAUCAGCUGGUACUAUUACGUACGAGGUGCCUAUCGGAAUGCCAUAUUCUAUCAUCUGUUUCCCCAUAAACCAAUGCAGCCGGAAGCUUGGUAUAAGAAGAGCUACAAUCAGUGCGUUCGAAGCGGAGAUGAGGAGUGUCAAUAUGUCCCGGAGUCUAUACAGGAUACAGUUGCCAACUACAAAAGGCAAACGUUAUUCUUCUGUGGAGAUGGUUGGGAGUGCCUACCCUUUGACUCGCCAAGUGCAGUUCAGCAGGCCAAGAGGAAUGUGGAACGCGACUAUGCAGUGGUGGGCAGUUGGGAGGAUACCAAUAUUACUCUAGCUGUGCUAGAGGCUUAUAUACCGCGCUUCUUCCGCCACGUGCAGAAUCUUCCGCAACUGCGCACCUUAUAUCUGAACAACACGCGUUACUCAAACAACUCCAUCGCCGUCUUCAAUCGUCCCACUCGAGCUCUCACAGAACCAUUGCUGCAUCUCCUACGCGAGCUAUCCGCCAUUAAUGACAUGAACAUUGUGGUGAAUGGACCCGUGAGGAGCAUGAAUCGCACGCGGACGAUCCAUCAGCAAGCAAUCGAAAUGAAAUGGAUCACCGACCUGGAAGAAGGCACGCUGUAUAUGACACAUGGAAAUUGGCUUAACUUUAAGGAUGUUGAACGACUGCCACCCGUCUGGAUUAGCUUCGUGCGUGAUCCGGUAGAUCGCGUGAUUGACAAUUACUAUCGGAAACGCCGAAUUGAGAAGCGUGCAAUAAAUCGUCGCUUCUUCCCGGGACUAUCACAAAAUCCAAAAGCAUUGUCCACACAAAGCUUCAAUGAUUGCGUGAGGUCUGCCAACCCGGAGUGUCAAUAUAUUCCAAAUGCAAUGGAUGAUGUGGUAAAGGACUUUAGACGGCAGUCCCUGUUUUUUUGUGGCCAUGAUAAUGACUGUUUACCCUUCAAUUCGGCCUAUGCCAUCCAGAUAGCCAAGCGCAACGUAGAAAAAGAGUACGCGGUGGUGGGCACCUGGGAGGAAAUAUACAUAACCCUAACUGUUCUGGAGAAUGCACAGCCAACAGAUCAGUAACCGUAACCGUAAUAAUAGAAAGCCC